AUGGGUCUCAGGAAUACGGUUCAUGUGAGCGGGUUCCCACGUGGAACAAGAGCCAGAGAUCUGGCUCAUGAUUUUGAAAGAAUAGGAAAAGUGGUUCGUAUUGACAUUCCGCCGGCACGGUCCCGGUUUGCACGCCCAUACGCGUUUGUCGAAUUCGAAGAUUUUCACGACGCAGAGCAAGCUAUUCAGCAAUUAGACCAACAACCGUUCGCUCUCGACACGCAAUUCACCUUUGUAGUGCAGUUGGCACGUUCAGAACCACAUCCGUCGCGGGCACCCGGCGCCCCAAACCCGCUUCAUGGAGCGCCCAUGCGAGAAUUUGGCCCAGACCAUAACGGUGACGAAAUGCCACCACGUAGACGGUUCCGUGAGGGAAUGCCUCGCGAAAGAGGCGCCUACGGUGCUCGUUCAUACGGAGAUCGUAGUAGAGCCGAUUUUGGGCCCAGAAGGAGAGAAUUGUCUCCUGCCCGAAUGGCAGCUGACGACGGACCGGCUCCAUACCACGAUGUUCGUCCUUAUGAGGUGCCUGUUGGCCAUGAAGUGGCGGCAGACGGGGCGGACACCACCAAGAGCUCACACGAUGUCACCAUGACAGACGACACGACAACCGAAUUCCAACCACAGGAGACCCAGCCUGCUCCAGAGCCCAAGGAGCACAUCCCGACACAAGAUUCCACAAUAUCUGUUUCACACGGUCAAGCUGUUGAACCUCCGGUACAAGAAGUACAAGAAGCCCAGGCCCAAAAAUCCACACCACAAGAACCCACAGUACAAGAACCUACUCACCAAAGCGAACCCGCGGUACCUCCAGCUCAAACUCUAGACUUAAACACCAACACUAACGCAAAUGACGAAAGCUAG